UACACACUGUUGCUGCAAUGAUGCCAGAAAAGCUAAUUUAAAAUGUCAGGACUAAAUGUGUAACUGGUACCUUGAGGACAGGGUCUUGGCAAAAAUAAGGUGACAAAGAAAUCCAGUCUGAGAUGCCAAGCUCUACAGGAUUUUUUUUUCUAAUUUUGGGAAAGGCUUUUUAGUAUUGCUGCACUGCGUGCUCAGGCAGAUGCACUGCAGAACUCUUGAGACUGCAGACUGAGGAGGAAAUGCAAGAAAUGCCAACCCUUGGGUUCUGCAGAAACUCUGUUUCUUUCUGUCUCUUGUCAGUAUUGGUGGAUAAAUCCUGUCACUGAACGGUGAUAUACAGCUUUGAAGGCUUCUGCCCAAUUCCUGCAAGACAGCUGCAUCAUGAAAAGUCACUUACUGGAUGUACUUUGGUGACACAAAGCCCAUCGCAUCUUGCAGUAUGCAUCAUCCUGGGAAAAUCUGAAGGGAUGCUACUGUCCAAAUUAUUUUGGAGAUCACAAGAACUUCACAAUGACUGCAUAUAUAUGGCAUGGGCAUGAUUUUACCCUAUUCUGUGCUUUUGACCUUGUGAUGCUGCGGGUGUGUACUAUGUCUCUGAAUGGAGGCUUGUGCCCAGUUAUUUCUCAGAAUUCGAUUUCUGGAUAUGCUUCAUAUGCUAGUAUAAGUGAUAAAUGGAAAUUAGGCGGAUAAAGGAGCCAAGUAAUAAGAGAGUGAAGCCUCUUUCGAGGGUUACAUCCUUGGUCAAUCUUAUUCCUCCUGUGAAAGCAACACCACUGAAGAGAUUUGGGCAGACACUCCAGCGCUCCAUCAGCUUUCGGAGUGACAGCCGCCCAGACUUAUUUGCACCACGACCAUGGGGUAGAAAUGCACCACCUCCAAUUACAAAGCGACGAGACAGCAAGCUGUGGAGUGAAACAUUUGAUGUGCGUGUAAACCAGCUUCUUACAUCAAAGGAAAUAAAACGUCAAGAGGUUAUCUUUGAGCUUUCCCAGGGAGAACAAGACUUGAUAGAAGACUUAAAGUUAGCAAAAAAGGCUUACCAUGAUCCCAUGCUGAAAUUAAACAUAAUGACAGAGCAAGAGUUGAACCAAAUAUUUGGAACACUGGACUCCCUUAUUCCUUUACAUGAAGAUCUUCUAAGCCGGCUCCGAGAAGCAAGGAAACCAGAUGGAUCUACAGAACAAGUUGGCCACAUCCUGGUGGGCUGGUUGCCUUGUCUAAAUGCAUACGACAGCUAUUGUAGUAACCAGGUAGCCGCAAAGGCUCUUCUCGACUACAAGAAGCAGGACCACAGAGUGCAGGACUUUCUUCAGCGUUGUAUAGAAUCACCGUUUAGUCGUAAGUUGGACCUCUGGAACUUUUUAGAUAUCCCAAGAAGUCGACUAGUAAAAUACCCUCUUCUCUUAAGGGAGAUCUUAAGAAACACUGCAAAUGACCACCCAGACCAACAGCACCUGGAAGAAGCUAUUAACAUCAUUCAGGGUAUUGUGGGAGAAAUCAACAUAAAGACAGGAGAGUCAGAGUGCCAGUAUUACAAAGAGAGACUGAUUUAUGUUGAGGAAUCACAACGAGACUCCUUGAUUGACAGUUCGCGAGUGCUGUGCUGCCAUGGAGAGUUACGGAACAAUAGAGGCGUGAAAUUUCAAGUUUUUCUCUUCCAAGAAGUUCUAGUUAUGACAAGAACAAUCACCCAGUCAGACCAGCUCUAUUACCAGCUUCACCAACAGCCAGUCCCCAUCAAGGACCUUGUGCUGGAAGAUCUUCAGGAUGGGGAGGUGAGACUUGGAGGAUCUAUCAGAGGCGCAUUUAGCAACAAUGAAAGAACCAAAAACUUUUUCAGAGUAACUGUUAAAAAUGGAACUCAGAAUCAGUCACACUCGUUACAAGCCAAUGAUGCUUUCAGCAAACAGCAGUGGCUAAACUGCAUCCGUCAGGCCAAAGAAACGCUGAUGUUCAUUCCACAAGAUGCUGGUGUGUUAGAAUCAGUGACUGUGAAUCAUCCCCUGCUGUCACCAGAUGGCAGCAGGGAAACCCAGGAAGAAACCAGCCUUGAACAAAUGGACCAAUCAGACAGUGAAUCAGACUGUAGCAUGGAUGUCAGUGAAGUUAGUGUAGACUGGGAUCAAAUGGAACAAACAGACUUUCAAAGCAUACAGACGGAGAGCAACGUUUGACAGAGACAUUACCCCAUUUGUUUAUUAGAAGUAAAUCCUGUGUCUUACCUGUACAGUAUUUGCAUUCCAUAAAAAGGAGCAGUUCUGAGAAGCACUUUUUAAUUUUAUUGUGAUGGUGUACUUGCAGUCUCACUCAGCUCUGUACCUAUGAGUACUGUAACUGCCUCCUCUGUCUGUGCAAGCUGGAACCUGGUGUCAUCAUUGUGCUCUGGUCUUGUGUUUUUUAAACAUUCUUCAUUGCAAAUAACUGAGGUCCUUAACUAGUUAUCCACAUAGUCCUGCUGGAAGGGGAAAGAAAAGUUUCUAUACUACUGUUUAUUUAUGUGAGCUUAAGCGGUAAUCAAUUGUUGUAUAGAUCAGUACUUUUUUUUGACUGUAAGACAGUGGUUAAGAUAGGUUUCUAAUAGGUGCCUUUGGACUUUAGCAGUCACAGAUCAGUGGUCUCUAAUAUUAUGGUAUUCAUUAGAAAUGCAGAGAAGAAAGGAAGCCAUUGAAGUAAAGCAGUCUGAAGUCAGAACUAGAUUUGAUAGGUGGCAACUUGACAACUCAGUAAAAUACAAUUAUUUUGAGACUACAUUGUGGAUAAGUAUGGAAUAGGAGUACAAAAAAACAGUAUUUAAGCAGAAGGACACACAAAGUAAAAUAGCUGAACAUCUCUAAAGAGGAAUCUGUCGGGCAUAAUUAUGUUCAGUCACCUGACCUACAGCUGUUGGGGACUUAUAGCAUCCAUCUGUGAUAAAAAGGUACACCAGUAAAGGCUACUUCUUUACCUGUGUAGAGCCACCCUGUGAUAUGAAAUUUAAGUUUGUCAGGCAUUGAGAAUGCAGUACUAGCCAUUUUGCCUGUGAUAUUACUGUACGCCAAAUUGGCUUGGAGUCAGAGAUCUGAGUAGGUUUUGCAUUAAAUGCACUGAAAUCAUGGACUUUCCAGUUUCCUGUAGAAUGAAUGGGCACUGUCAGACCACGUCGUCAAGAGACUGUAAAUAUUCACUUGCAUUGUGAGAGUGGAGACCUAAAGUGGCACAAAUAUAACUCCUAAAUUAUUGCCAAAGUUUAUUUUCCCUGUGUUAGGUGUUCUACAAGUUUACAUAAACAGAUGUAGAAUGUUUUGUCAUUUUAUUUUCUGUGCCUGUGUCACAUGCAUUAAAAAAAACAUCAUGGCAAGAUAAUCAUUAUAAAACUAUUUUUGUUAAUGUAUUGUGCUGAAUUUUAUCCUGUAGAGAUUUCUUUCUGUAUUUAUAGUUUUUACACAAGGGAUGUUUUUUGUUUUUGUUUUGUUUUUAUGGGUUUGUAAUUUAUUUGAAUUGCUUCAUAAUUCGUUCAGAGCUUGGUAUUUUUUUUGACUGUUCAAGGAAAUUGGUAAGUGGUAAGAACAGAAGGGAAGUAUGCAACUCGUGUAGGAUCUGUUCCUUCAAGAAGGAUGUACUGCUGCUUUUAAGCAUUCUUUUGCAACAGUGACUGGACUGUGGUAUUUAAAGUUCUGGAAUAUGCAAAGGACAGAGUAUUGAUUAUGAUAUUAAAUAUUUUCUGUAUUAGCCUUAAAGGUAUUUUUAUGAAGCAUUGCCAAAUAAAUUACUUUGAACCUAAA